GAAAAAGGAAGUAAUGGAGAAAGAAGGAGGUUCAUGGAAGAGAGGAAUGAGGGAGGAGAUGAAGAAGGUGAGAAGAAUAGCAGCUCCAAUGGUGGUUGCAAGUGUGUUGCAGUAUCUUGUGCCAGUGGUGUCUCUCAUAAUGGUUGGUCAUCUCAACCAGCUUUCUCUUUCAAGUGUUGCAAUUGCAACCUCUCUCACCAAUGUUUCUGGCUUCAGUGUUUUGUCAGGGAUGGCCGGUGGAUUGGAAACUUUAUGUGGGCAAGCAUUUGGAGCAGAACAAUAUGAAAAAUUUGGACUAUACACUUACACUGCCAUUAUAUCCCUUUCUUUGGUUUCUCUCCCAAUCACUAUUCUGUGGAUUUUCAUGGACAAAAUAUUGAUCCUCUUACACCAAGACCCAGUAAUAGCCCUCCAUGCUCGUAAAUAUGCCCUUUGGCUCAUACCUGCUUUGUUUGGUUCUGCAAUCCUCAAACCCCUCACACGAUUUUUCCAGACCCAGAGUUUGAUUUUUCCCAUGAUUCUCAGCUCUGCUCUAGUUCUGUGCUUCCACGUAGUAACAUGUUGGAUUCUGGUGUUUAAAUUGGAGUUGGGAUAUGUUGGCGCCGCAAUAUCCUUCAGCUUCUGCGUUUGGUUGAAUGUGAUGGUGCUGUUGUCCUUUGUGAGGUUUUCCUCAGCUUGUGACAAAACACGCAUCCCUUUCUCCAACAAAGCUUUGCUUGGCGUUGGAGAGUAUUUUCGCUUUGCUGUCCCUUCAGCAGUCAUGGUUUGUCUUAAAUGGUGGGCCUGCGAGAUACUUGUUCUGCUGGCUGGAGUUUUUCCUAACCCAAAGUUGGAGACAUCAGUUCUAUCUAUAUGCUUGACAAUCUCCACAUUGCAUUUCACCAUACCCUAUGGCUUUGGGGCUGCUGUUAGCACUAGAGUUUCGAAUGAACUAGGAGCAGGGAAUUCAGAAGCAAUUCGAAUGGCUGUUUCUGCAACGAUGUUGAUUGCAGUGACAGAAGGUCUCAUAGUAUGUGCAGUGCUAUACAGUUGCAGAUAUGUGUUGGGUUAUGCCUAUAGCGAUGAUCAUGUGGUUGUUCAUUACGUGGCUGUUAUGACCCCUCUUCUUUGUCUCUCCAUUUUUACUGACAGUUUACAAUCAGUUCUUUCAGGUGUUGCUAGAGGAAGUGGGUGGCAACAUCUUGGAGCCUAUGUGAAUCUUGGAGCAUUUUAUCUGGUUGGAAUUCCUGUGGGUGCCCUACUUGGUUUUGUUGCACAUUACAGAGCAAAGGGGCUUUGGAUUGGAAUAGUCACUGGCUCCAUUCUUCAAUCCUUUCUCCUUUCUCUUAUCACUGCUCUUACAAACUGGAAAAAACAGGCAAUGAUGGCAAGGGAGAGAAUAUUUGAAGCCACACCACCCUAUCAAAAUGGAUCAAAUCGCACCACCAGUGCUUAAUUAUGGUUUUCCCAAAGAGAUGUUCCAACAUCGGAGAGACAGAGAAAUAAUUGAGCGAAAAUUUAUGUAAUGUGACAAGAAAAAAUAGAGAAAGAUGAAAUAUGGAACGUGUUAAACGAGUUUUUGGGUGUAAUAAAGUAUCUAUAACUCUGUGUAAA